AUGUCCGGCACGGCACCAAACAAUCCCGCACCCGGAGGCCACGCAAGCGGCCUCGAGCAGACGUCCCUGGACUCAAACCAGCACGGUCAGACCCAAAACAUCAUCGACGAGACCAAGGACACUCACGGCUCAACCACGGUGGACCGCAACGUCGGCGACGCCAUUGACGCUUCCAAAUCCAAAGCUGGGUUGUCCUCGCGCGUCGAUGAUUUGCUGGACAAGACGUCCGCUGCGGGCAGCGGUACUGCCGGCGCGGAGCGUAAAGGGGCGGCGGUGGCGGAGAAAGGGUUCCGGGUCGGGGAGGAGGCGGAUCUUCACGAUUUGGCGAGCAGCAAGCAGCCUUAG